CGGCCCAUCUGCAACGUCAAGCCAACACCACCAACAUUACUGUCAAGACGACUUGCGCGAGAGGCAGAAUGCCACUAACGGCACAAUGCGCCGUCUCUCUCUGGUCCUCAUAGCCUCGCUGCGGCUUUGUGCUGCGCGACAGCCCGGCUUCAGCAUCCACGAUGAUCUGUUGGCCCACCCCCAGUUCGAGGUCAUCUUCUCAGACACGUACAUUUCCGAAUCCGACGCUCUCGCUCUUCUCGAGUCGCCCCGCGCACCCCAUGCCACGUACUCCGAUGCUUCCUCGCAGACCGACCUGACUAGGAACGUCCGCGAGUCCGCCGCCGCCGAUGCGGCCACCGGACGAAGCGAUGAUUCCGACGAAAAUGAUGCCGGCCGCCAGGUCUCGGAGACGUACGAGAUUAUCACAACCCCGCCAUCGCGCUACCUUUGCUCCGUCCCUAUCAUCGCACCGCCCCCGGCCCUCAACCAGACGGCAACGGAGCUCGCCAAGGCGGAGGAGGCACGCGAGCUGACUAGGGCAUCGGCUAAAGGCUGGGAGCUGAUGAACGGUCUCGACGGGCAUUGCCUCUACUUCAUGUCGGGAUGGUGGAGCUACAGCUUCUGCUAUGGCAAAGCUAUCGUACAGUUCCAUGCUCUACCAAACGCUAAGGGCGGGCCACCUGCCAAGGGCCCGGGGGAUCAGGAGUACGUGCUAGGCACAACCUACCCCACCAGCGACGAGAUGCAAAGGGCUUCCAAACCGCGACAGCGUGCAGACUCGAACCAAAACCAGAAAGAGCCGCUGGGCAAAGAAGACGUGACUGCUGCGGCUCCUGUCGACGGACAAGGUGCAGAACAGAACAAGGGCGCCGCGCCUCCCAACACGGAGCUCGCGGUCAAGGGCGACCAGCGCUAUCUUGUGCAGCGCCUCGGCGGCGGCACCGUGUGCGAUCUGACGGGCCGCCCCCGUACCAUUGAGGUCCAGUACCACUGCGACCCUGGCUCCAACGUCGACAGGAUUGGAUAUAUCAAGGAGGUUACGAUUUGCACGUACCUGAUGGUGGUGCACACUCCCCGGCUCUGCGCCGAUGUUGCCUUCCUGCCGCCCAAAGAGACGCGAGCCCACCCGAUCAGCUGCCAGCACAUUAUCGGAAGCGAGGAGGAGGAGGCCGCUUGGCACAAGCGCAAGACGAUUGAGGCGGCCGAGGCCAUGGGCGUUGCCGGAGCGCACCGAGAAGCAGCCGCCCAGUCGUCCAAAGAGGCUUCUCAGAACCAGCACGCCGGCAUGACGAUAGGCGGAGUCGUCGUGGGUGGCCGUCGGGUGUUGGGGUCCGGCGAGGACGGGAUGCCGCCAGCCAGGCUCCCAUCUCCAAGACACCAGGUAGGUGGAAAGCUAGCCGGGGCCCCGGUAGUCGAAAUAGUUGCCGCGGCCCAGAACAAAGAAGAUGGAGGCAAGGUCGAGAUGAUGACCCGAGAGCAGCUAGAGAAGCUAAACCUAGAUCCCAAGAAGGUCGAGCAAUUUAGGCAAGAGAUCGAGCAGUACGCCGAAGGCAACGCCUGGCGACUCGAAGUAGUCGAGAUGCCGGGCGAGGUACCCGAGAUUGUCGGCGUGGUCGACGUCGACGACGAAGAGGGUGCCAGCCCAGCGACGCGAAAGGACGGAAGGAAAUCCGGGGGGGCGGGGACUGGUGGUGGCAGUGGUAAAACAACUGGAAGAGGGAACGAGGACGAGGACGACGAAGGCUCCCAGGAGACCUUCUUCAAGGAGGAGCUGUAAAAAAGCGCACACAUUGUAUAUGCACGGUAUGAUAUGGGAUGAUACAGCGUUGUUUUUUUUAGGUUAUUCUUAGACAUUUCGGUAUUCUUUUCGAUUUCGA